GCAGCCGGACCUGCCCCGGCGGGUGCCAGCCCCGCCCGGAGGAGCCGCCCCUCGCCCCACCGCGGCUGGAGAAUGGGGCUGCGGCGGCCUCAGGCGGAGUCGGCUGCCCCAUGGCGCAGGAUGUUGACCUGAGAGCAUGCCAGGAAGCUUUGGAUGACUGCUGUCCACACCAAGGAGAUGGUCAGCUGGAACUGCAGAAGGAGGAAGAUCUAAAUCAAAGCAACCACAACCAUGUAGAUUCCCAUCUCUCCUUAGAGAGCUAUUUACAGCUUCUGUCAUCGCAGAUGGAAAACAUGCUAGAGGUGAGGUUACUGGAAGAUAUACAAGUUGCUACUUCUAGCAGAGGUCAAGACCCAUCAUCCUCACACCACAAUACAAGUUUGACCCAGACACUUCACCAGUGUUUUAGUCCUUACGAUGCCAUGCUACUAACAGACUACUCCACUCAAACAAGUUCAGAAACAAGACAUUUACAAAGGCAAGAGUCUCUUUCUCAGUCAAGUUAUAAUAUCACAAAUCCAGAGUCACUUCAUGGGUCAAAUGUGACAGCGUUGCUUGCAGCUGCUGACCUUAGAAAUCUAAUGACCCAUGAUGAUAAUUCUGAUGAAGUUAAAUUCAUGUAUUUGGCUUCGGAGAAUGACUUAAAUGCUAUAGCAGUUUCUCAGCAAUUUGAAGAACCUGGCUCAGAUGCAGUACUGUCUUUGAAUCCAAGUCACAGCACCAUCUCUUACUCAGUCAGCAGUGAAGGUGCUGUUGAGUACAGUAAUGGUAUGAAAUCCACUUCCUUGCUUGGGUUAGGGACUGUUGGAGGCCAUUGCCAAGAACAUGCCAAUUAUGGCCAUGUGGAAUAUCCAGGUGAUGCAGAGUGUUCUAGAGAAACCACACUUCAGCAGGUUCUUCUUAAUUACACUUAUAAUCAGCUGCCAAAUCAACCAGCACCCACUACAGUGUAUCAACAGAUGUGGAUGAAGAAACCCAAUGAAGUAAAGGAGAGGUGCUAUAAUUCUACUGAUGCAAAACUUACCCGUGAUGAAUAUCGUGCAAAAGCUCUGAGACUACCAUUUUCAGUUGAUGAAAUCGUGAGCAUGCCUGUAGACUCUUUCAACGCCAUGAUCACAAAGAACCAUCUGACAGAUACUCAGGUAUCACUUCUUCGUGACAUCAGGCGGAGAGGAAAAAACAAGGUCGCUGCUCAAAACUCUCGUAAACGCAAAAUUAAUGCAAUUCUUAACUUGGAAGAAGAUGUGUGUAAUCUUCAAACACAAAAGGAGAGCCUUAAAAAGGAGCACUCUCAGUGUAGCAGAUCAAUCAGCAAGAUGAAACAGAAAUUAAACAACUUGUACCAUGAUAUCUUCAGUAGAUUGAAGGAUGACCAGGGUAGACCUUUUAACCCAUGCCAAUACGUCAUUCAUUGCGGUAGUGAUGGCAGUGUUUUUUUAAUACCCAAACAACUGGUUAAACCUGAGCACAAACACAAUAAUGAAUAAGAGCAGAAACAAAAAGAUGGCUAAAGAUGACUCAAGUUUUAUUUUUCCUGAAAGAGUGAUAUUAGUGUGAUGGCUGCAGGUCAGUGACUACAGCAGUACAAACAGAAAAAAAUACAUUUAAGGAGCAAGAUAACAUUCAGGUGUCUGCCAACAGUGGCCUGUUAGAAUGUCUACCAGCUGACUCAUCUAUAUGAAGAAAUCUGUUUAGUUUUAAUUAAAUUAAAGGAGCUAGGCCAUCAGUGUAACUGUAGUUAUACAGACCUAUUAUAAAACUAGGAAUUUAGUUUCUGUGGAGAACAUGGGGGGGGAAACAGCUUUAGAUCAAAGUUACACAUGCUGUGUAAGAAGAACAUUAUUUAGUGUUGUGUACUUGGUUCUUAGUAGUUCAAAGUGACCUUACUUUUUUAUUGUUAGCACUGAAAGGAAAAUUGUAGCUCAAAUUCAACUUAAAAUUCACUGUGGACUUACAUAUUCCUAAGAGAUACUCUGUGCUUCACACCUGUUCAGAACGGUUUUGCUUCCCUAGUUUUCCUUUGAGGAAAGAGGCCCAGGAGGCUGUUGUGUUUUUCCUCACUACUUUCACCACCAUGGCUCCAGGCAAACAUAAUGUACCAAUUAAUUUUACAACUCACAAGGUCAAUCUGCAGAUUCUGAAAAAUAAAAAAUUCUGAUUCACUAUUGCCUUACCUUCAGCCUCUGCAACUGAAACAGUCUACUUUCUUCAGUGAAAAUGAGUGAUGGUGAAUGAGUUCCUGUUCUGUUUCCAAGUCCAUGAUAUAUUUACUCAUGUGCUUUUCUACCCCUAUUUGAAUACCUUCCUCUAGGAGAAAUACUGAAGUUUUUAUUUUUAGCUUUUUAAACUGUUAUUUUAAAAGUAUCUUCAAUGUAAUGGAUUUUUUUAAAGCAAAUCUUUAAAGUAAAUUAAAUUGAACCAACCAACUAUUUUUCUGUACUUGUGACAAUGAGGUUACACUCCAGUAGUGGCUUUGAAUGAACAGAAGAGCUUUUAGGUUUGAUACUUAUUUGCACUAUGAAAAAGCCAUUUUAUUCACUCAUGAUUAUUCCAACAGCUUACCCUUUUCUAUUUUACAACCUGAAAAGGGUCUACAAAGAUGGCCAAAAAGCCAUGUAAUGAAUAUUAAAGAAGUAAUGUUGAGGUAUAUUAAUAAGAUUUUUAAUUGCUAACAACUGGAUAGCAACAAAUACUUUUUUUAUCUUUUUGUAAACAAACCCCAUAAAUAUGGAUACUAGAAAAACCCUCACUGGUUAUAUCAUGAUGACCACAUAGCAACUUCAUAGUCAAGUAUAACAAAACACUGCACCAAACACAUAAAAACUACACAUACACAUAAGUUUAAAUGCCAAAUUACACCUUUUAAAGAAAUAAACUAUGCCAUUAGCAUGUAAAUCAUGUUGGUUGCGUACAGUAACCAGCGGCAUCAAGUGGUAUUUUCUAAAAAGGGAGCACUGCCUUGAGUGCAAAAUGCACUAUUGAUCAUCAAUAAUGAAUCAGCCACUUUGUACGUUUUGCUCUGCAUUUUAUAUUAAAAUAUUUCUUUA